AUGGUAUUGGAUGAAGAAGGAGAAGAGUUUGAAGCUAAAUAUUUAGCGGAAAAGGUUGGACUUAGUGGUGGAUGGAGAGGGUUCUCAAUUGCUCAUAAAUUAUUGGAAGGAGAUAUCUGUUUAUAUUGUGAGAAAAAAGGUUCAGAUGAAGUGGAUGUUGCUCUUGGCCUUCUAAAGUUAGAAUCUUCCACUCAACAAGUUGACCUGGGCGAGGAAAGAACACAAUGUGCGAAAAGGUUAUCUGUAGGAAAUACAGAAGAUAGAAAUGACCCCAUACUCCACAACAGUUCUAACCUUGAACCGACAGUGGAUCAAUCUGAAAAUGAAAGGGUGGAUCUCGUUCUGAAGUUUCGGAUGGAGUCAGCACCUGCAAAUGAGUACUAUCAGCUUUGUUGUAAUCAAAAGUUAUUCCUUCACGAAAAUCUCCUCGAGGGACUUAACUGUAAACUGGUUGCCGGAGUCAUUGCUGAGACGAUAAAUAUCGCCGAUGCCAUUAGAGCUGCCAAGAUUACAAUUUCCCACGACAGUUUUCUCACUUGGGACAAAACGUUGAAAUCGUUCGAGGGGCUAGGUAUGAAAGUUGGAUUUCUAUGUGCUCGGUUGGACCAAUUGAUGUUCCUCUUGAUGAAGUCAAGGAGGUACAAAGAAGCUAAACUCGAACAAGCUAAUGCAAACGAGGAGAAGCAUAAACUGGAAGCAAAGCUUGCGGAAGUAACCGAGACGCUGAGUAGACUUGACAGAGAGAUAGGAUUCGAGCAAGAGAAAUCCGAUGAGCUCGAGGCUUUGUUUCAAGAAGUGGCUAAUGCACCUUGGUGA